GAUAAAGUGGGGAUGAAUAUCCACGAUAUCCAAGUGGGGGGUGAGGCAGGGAUGGUUUUGAAAUUAUACCCGCCGAGGCGGGAAUGGGGAUUAAUUUUGGACGUGCCAAGGGAUGGGGAUGAAAAUUUUUGGUGGGGAUAGGGAUAGGAAGGCCUAAAUCCGUCACGCCCUGUCAUGCCUCAUUGACAUCCCUAAUCUCGUCCCACUGACAUCCCUACCUAUAAAGGUAUUAACUCAUCCUCUUUCAUUAAUAAUUUAAUACUGCCUAUUCUAUUUACAUUGAUUAAUGACGUACUGUUGGAGUGUUGGCCACCUUUCUUUCAUUUCGUUUCUUAGCUGGACUAACAAUAACAAACAACCCCUUCUAAAACAAUUCAACCCCAAACACAAAUAAUCCCAUCAAACAAAAAAAAACAUCAAAAUCAAAUGAGCAACAACACCACCAGCAACAACAGCAGUGAUGAUUUCCCGGCGAGGUGGCAUCACCGGACGACAACCGGGAUCCUCCGAAGCGCCGCCGUAACAUUCUUCUCUCUCUUCUCAACAUUCUUGUUCCUCUCUCUCCUCCUCUUCUCCUUCCGAAUCCUCCUCGAAAACGGUACCGUUUUCGUCACUUCUGUCAUCGAUCGUGACCCUUCAAUCAAAUCCCUUCUCUCUCGCAUCGACCUCGCCGCCAACAACAACCCCACUUCCGAUUCUCUCUCCUCCCCUCUUCGCCACCGUCGUCACCGCCCUUUUCUCCAUCUUACUCGCGUCGGAACCCUAGAUGAUGACUUCUUUUCUGGGGAUGAUGAUCAUGAUCAUCGAUCGCUUUUCUUCAAUUCCCGGAAUUUGAAUGUUAAUUCGAGCUCUUACACUCUGAAUGAUUUCAAUCACAGAUUUAGGUUUUCCAGGAUUGAAUUUGAUGAAACCAAGCUUAAGGGCAAGAAUGGUGGGAAUUCGAGUGUUGGGGUUGUGGGGUUGGAGAAAGAAAAUGUGGAGGAGAGAGAAAAUGUGGUUGAUUUGAGGUUUUUUGUGGCGGGUUUGGAAUUGGGUCGUCGUGAUGCAGCUGCGUUGUUCUUUCUUGUAAGUGUACUUUCUGCUGCUUAUGGUUGGGUAAUUCUGGGGUUUGUGAUUACAUAUUCUUGGGCUCUAGGGAUUGUGUUUAUUUCUGUUGUGAAUGAUUUGUUGGGAAAGUAUACCUCAAUUUUUGGUACUGUUUGGACUGGGUCGAAUUUGGGGGUGAAGAAGCUUUCUGGGUUUAUACUUAUGAGGUGGGCAGUUAGAGAUGCAUUGACACAGAUUCUGGGGUUGUGGUUUUUCGGCGAAAUUCAUGAUCAGUACUCGUUUUUUAAGCUGUUUUUGAGGUUGAAAUUGAUGCCAUUUUCAGUUAGUUCGCCCUGGGUGCCGGGGUAUAACGAAGAGAUUUCCGGGUUUUUGUUUGCUUGGUUCUUAAUGGACACGAUUGUGUCGUUCGUGUUUGCUGUGGAUUCGUGGGUUACAAUUGCUAACACGAGGCGAGGGGGUGGUCGGGAGAUUGUGAAAGAAGGGUGUUAUUUGCUUGCAACAAUGAUUCAUCAGUCUAUUCAACUGAAGUGCUUGGAGUUGAUUAUGUGUGGGGCUUUUAUGCGGUGGGUUUUAGCGCGAGUGUUUGGGAGAUCGUUUGCUGUGCUUUUUCAGGCAUUGGUUGAGGUUUAUUUCAUGGUGGCAUGGUUGAUAUUUUACUUUGCUGCGAGGUCGAAAGAUGCUCAUUUAAGUGGGAAAAGGUUUGGGAGGAGAGAGUUGGAGGGGUUGAUUCAGGGCCUUAGGUGAUUGAAGUGGUGAUCAGGUGACUAAAGUUACCUGCUGGCUUCAGUCUUUGUUAGGGUCUUUGGUGCUGAUGUUCAGGCUCAUUUGUCAAGUGUGAUCCUGUUGUGCAGAUGUGGUACGAAUAGCAUCAUUGGUAAAUUCGGCGCCCUUAAAUGUGUUGUAUGUACUGCAAUACCACGAGGCAAGAAUACUGCUUGUGUACAUUUGAGAGACAUGAUCCAUGUAUAUAUUUCUUGCCUUAAAUUUUUAGCCCUAUUUUUGAAUUUAUAUAGCUGUGAUGCCAUAUAUAGCAGGGUCCUAACCCUCUCCUUUAUGUUAGCAACUUGUUUUCCAAUUCCCAUUGUAUUCGUUCAUAGUGAAAGUUUGGCGAACAAAUUAGAUUAGUCUUUGCAGCUCCUCAAUAUGAGAGGGAGUGUGUAUAAACCUUGAAUAUAUUCAGACAUGAAUCAAACUUGCUUGCUUGCUUGACAA